ACGGUCACUGAGCCAUCUAGUGCUUCACGUCUCAUUAGUUGCAGUUUUCGAUUGGAUCCUAAUAUCUCUAGAACUACUGAUUCCUUAUCUGCAGAAAGAAUCUCUUCAGGGCACACAUCCCGGUACACUUCUUCCAUGUGGAGGACAAAUCAAUGCGAUUUCCGAAGAUAAAAGACAUUUAGCUGUCAAGAUUUGCAUUGGCGUUAGAGAUCUGGGUAAAGUUGAGUAAAGCCUACAAACACAAUUAAACAUUUAUGGAGCCAAAAAUAGACUUAUUCAAUAACAAACAUGUGCAGGCAGGCAGCAAUGAGCAACUUCUGCAUUCCAGAAAGGAAAAUAAACUAUCCACGUGAUAAUUUUACCCAUCCGAUUCUAAUUUGUAAGCUAGUGUAGAAACUGUCUCUGUCCGGCUAAGGAAAUAAAUAAUUAUCUUCAUACUCACCAUGUCAUCGACAAAUUCAAGUGGAAAGUCUCAUGAGAAUCUCUUAAGUCCACGUCCAAAAUGCAGGACAGAGCCAAUACCCGUAGAAGUCGGUUAUCACUUCAACAGAGCCACUGCUCAGACUCGAAUAAAACCUCUGGAAUCUCAAAAUCGUGUGCACACUUAUGGAACAGAGAGCUCUCUGGCAGCAGUAGAUUCCAUAUCCUCUGUACAAACCGAAAGGCAACUCUUGAAGAAUAUGAUCGUCCUUGGUCUAGGUUUUGUUUUCACAUUCAGCGCUUUAACCUCUCUUCAAAGCAUGCAGAGCUCUCUAUUUCUUGAAACAAUUCUUGGUUUGCAUUCUUUAAGCGUUUUUUAUGGCUUGGCAGCAUUUUCAUGCUUGUACGGUCCCAUUUUCGUCCAGAAGCUGACGCCGAAUUGGACAGUUGUCCUCGCUUUUGUCCUUGUCGCUCUUUACAUUUCAACUUUCUUCUAUCCUAGACCUUAUACAGUCAUUCCAAGUGCUGUUCUAUUGGGGCUGUCUUUUGGUCCUCUAUUUUGCGCUCAGACCACUUUUCUAAUGCAGCUUGUAUCCAGAAUGGCAUACUUGACAAAUGGAAUUCGGGACAAAGUCCAACAAAGAUACUUGCGUCUGUUUUAUUUCUUCUAUAAUUCUAGCCGUAUUUGGGGGCAUCUAGUAACCGCACUCUUAUUAAGAUAUGGCGGUGAUGUUUAUGUAUUCUCUACCAGACCACAGUAUCCACGAUUCCAUGCCACUGGACCCCAUUUUCCAAUGCUCGACCUUCAUAUGUCUCCGUCUUUGUACGCUACGGUUGCCAGACCAAGUCUUUGCACUUUGGAUCAUAUCACAGAAGACAGAAUAUUUCGAAGUCCUGCCUCUUACGUUUUCUAUGUGCCAUCCAAUUUGUAUUUGAUGCUGAUCUCGACUUAUCUGGGACUUGCCUUCUUAGGCUUAGCUAUUGUAACUACUCUUCUGGAUAAGUUCGAUUUGUAUGUCUCUCAAGAUCCUUUGGAGCGUCCGCCAAUUCUUCUCAGUUUCAGAAAGGUAGUCUUGUCUUUGAUAGACCCUCAACUUAGACUGAUGUUUCCCAUGGUGUUGUUUAUUGGCUACCAACAAGGAUUCAUGAUUGCAGAUUUUACAAGGUCGUACGUCAGCUGUGCACUGGGCCUCGAAGCCAUUGGAUAUACCAUGUUAUGCAUGGCUGCCAUGACAACACUGGGAUCUGUCGCAGCACACCAGUUCUUCAAGCAUAUCAAGCGGAUGACCAUCAUGUUUGCUACCGUAGUAUGCCACACCGGUCUGCUCAUGGUUCUGUGGCUGUGGACACCGGUCAGGGAUGACGUGGCUGUCUUUUACGUCAUUGCCGCGGGAUGGGGUUUGUGCAAUGCAGUUUGGGAAACAUUGACGACAACCUAUUUGGCGACAUCUUUUACUUACGACUGGCAAGCACCAUUUGCGGUAUACUUUAUGGCGCAGUGCAUCGGUUUGACAACAGCCUUCACCUUCAGCCCGAUCUUUGUGAAUGAAAUCAAGAUAUGUGUGAUGGCUGGUCUCAUGGUGUUUGCUCUAAUCCCAUACACAAUUCUGGAAUUAAGGUUGCAUCGCCAGCAGAAAUUGCAAGACCGUGCAGCAGACCUUUGAAAGAAACGUUUAUUUCUUUCCGUACAUAUUUUCUGGUUGUAAAUUAUCACGUUUAAUGGACUUUUACAACUUUUGUGGCAUCAUUUAUUAUUGGACAAGAAUGGAUUGACAAUUCCAGAAGUUUCUGAGGAAGAGGCCAAAACAUUCAUAUCAGAUUAAAAAUAUGGAAACUAUUUUUUAUUUGGCUAUUCAGAUAUAAGGUGGUGAUUUUAAACGUCUGGGUAUUUGCACCGAAAUUUUCAUUUCAAAUCAAGCACAGUUUUGCCAAGCUGAUGAUAAGAGUUAUCAAUGUGUAUUCUUUUUUUUUGUUAAAAAGUAUUUGAUUUGCAGGGAUUAAAAUAUAUUUGAUUAAACAAAAUGCUUUAUUCUUUUAUAUGUUUUUCUUUAGGCCUGCAUGAAAUAACUGAAUAUUAAAAUAUGUGAAGCCAGAAAUGUAUAUAAAAUAAUUUUCUUGGAUAUUUCAUUGUGAUAUAUGUAGUUAGAUACUUUAAUCGGAAAUAAUCUGCAUUGUAAAACAUUUGUAAAUAAUUGUAUACAUUUUCAAUGUUUAAAUCAAUAGUUUCAUUAUUACGUUAAAAGUAUUAUUUAUUUAUAUUGUUACUGUAUUCGAAUUAUUAUAACUUUAUUCGAAAGUGAAGUAGUAUGCUUUUAUUAAUAAGUUAAAAUUCAGCAAACCAAUAAUUCAAUAAAUAGACACCUUUGAAAUAUGCCGUAUGUAUGUUGGAAAGCAUCGUUCUGGAUACAAUAUUAUCUCUUUAUCAUUCCCUUUUUAUUAAUUAAAUUAUUAUUUGAGUCGUAGUAAAUUGCUUUGCUUUUUAUUUACAUAUUUUAUUUCCAAAUGUGUCACCAUUUUUUUAUCAAAAAUUUCAAAAAAAUUAUAAGGAGAAGAAUUAAAACUAUAUUUUAAAUUUCGUUUAUUAUAAUAUAUUAUAAUAAAUAAACACCUAUAUUCUUAUGUCCGAAAUGACUUAAACUUCUUAUGAAUUAAAUACAGAUAAUGACACAAAUAUUGCUGAAAUAGAUGUGGUUUAGUUUUUAAAGAUAUUUCUAUAAGUUAUAAUA